AUGUCCGACCAUACCACCCAAAACAUCGAGGAUAAAAAGACGGAAGAGCUUAGCGCACUUCUUGAUGAAACUUUGGGAGAUUUCGACGAGACGCCAAAAGUAGCACCACGAAACACAGACGACGAACUCGAUGAGUUGAUGGCGUCGGCUGACCAGGAAGCUGCUCAAAAGGCUGCCAAAGACUUCCAGAAAAUGCUGGAACAAAUGGUUACGCUUCAAGAAGAGGCUAUGAAAAAGGCGGAAACUGAAGCACAAACUGGAGAAGGACAACCGGAUUUCGAUCCGAAUGAUCCAGAAGCCCUGGCUAUGAUGGAUGCGUUGAAACAGCUUAUGGAGUGCUCCUCGAACGUGGCAAAUGCCAGUAAUCCAGAAGAAUUCAUGGCUGGAUUGGAUAUGCUUCGCUCUCCGAAUUCUCCAAUGGAACCAUUCAUGAGUAUGAUCAUGCAGACGUUGGCAUCAAAGGAAGUGAUGUAUCCACCACUUAAGGAGAUUUUCGAUAAUUAUCCAAAGUAUAUGGAGGAGCAUGGAGCUGAGUUGGACGCCGAAACCAAGGAGAGAUACGAGAAACAAUUUGAGGUUCUCGGAAAAAUCUGCACAGAAUUCGAAAAUCAACCAGAAAAUGUGGAAGUUCGACUUCCCGAAGCAGCGACAGAACCAGCACCAGCUGAAGAACCAAAUCCAAGUUCCGCACAAGUCGAACACUUUGAAAAAUUGGGAAAAUUGCUCGUCGAGCUCCAACAGUACGGUUACCCACCAAAAGAGCUUGUCGGGGCACUCCCAGAUGGAUGGCAAAUCGAUGAAAGCGGUCUUCCGAAGGUCGCCGAUGCUGCUGCCGCCACCGAAGCCUGUUCUAUUAUGUGA